CUCGACCUUAUCCUUCAUUUCCUUCUUGACCUCUUUCACACUCUUCUCAUCUGUGUAUAUUCUCGGAAAUACAAAAUGUCCGGCGGAGAAUCACGUACCGAACUUCUGCAAUGGCUGAAUGACGUCCUGCAUGUGAACUAUACCAAGGUUGAGCAAUGUGGGACGGGUGCAGCAUACUGUCAGAUCAUGGAUUCCAUCUACGGUGAUGUUCCUAUGUCGAAAGUCAAGAUGAACGCAAGGCAGGAGUACGAAUACCUCAAUAACUUCAAGGUUCUGCAGAACGUGUUCAAAGCAAAGAAGAUCGACAAGCCUAUUCCGGUGGACAAGCUGGUCAAGUGCAAGAUGCAGGACAACCUUGAGUUCCUUCAGUGGAUUCGGAGAUAUUGGGAGCAAAUGUACGGUGGGCAGCCGUAUGAUGCUAUUGCGCGACGAAAGGGACAGCCUGGUGAACCCGCAGCGCCGGCGUCUUCUCGUCUCACGUCAUCGUCGAGCGCCCGCCCUACAGCGAGAGCAACCAGCGCUGCACGUGGAACAUCUCCUGAGAUUGUGCUCCAGCUACAGACUCAAGUCAGGGAGCUGCAGACGAAUAUGGAGGGACUUGAGAAGGAACGGGACUUCUACUUCGGCAAACUCCGCGAUAUCGAGAUCCUCGUACAACAGCAAGCGGAUGCACUUGCGGCGGAAGGGAAAGACGAUGACGUGCUAAAAGAGAUCCAGAAGAUUCUUUAUUCGACCGAAGAAGGUUUCGAGGUGCCUGAGGGUGCUGAGGGUGAGGGCGAGGUCGUCGGCGAUGAAGAAGAGACUUUCUAGUGAAAGUCUAUCUAUUCUAUCCACAUCAUUUCAUCUCGUCUUCCCAUCAUAUCCCUUGUAUCCUUCGAUGACCCCAUACCUGAAGUAACGUAAACAUAUAGUGUUGUGACACGUGUAAUCCGCUACAAUGCUAUAGAUCGG